AUGUCAAGAAAAGCGAUGUAUAUAUGGGGCACAAACCCGUACUGUUCCGCCAACACCAACCAAACACAAGCUAUGUCUGAAACUCAUCUGUUUGCGUUAGUUCAUGGGCUUUGGGGUGGUCCCAAUCAUUUGCAAGUAAUUGAACAGGCCAUCAAAGAUGCGUUUGAUGAUGACUCUUAUCACGUUCUCAGACCUUCCAACUUCGCUUUCUUUAAGACAUAUGAUGGGAUAGAGGUCUGUGGGAACAAGGUAAUCGAGGCGUUGUUUUCAGAAAUCGAAUUGCUGUCUGAGCAGGAUAUCAAAGUCACUAAAAUAAGUUUUGUUGGUUACUCCUUGGGAGGUUUGAUUGCCCGUUACUGUAUCGGAGAGUUAUAUCGACUCGGAGUAUUUGACAAGAUAGAACCAGUGAUUUUCACAACAUUCGCCACUCCACACAUGGGCGUUCGUUUUUGGGAUAGUUCAAUCAAAUCAUCCACCGCAAACUUUUUAGGUUCCACGGUAUUGGGUCAGACGGGAAGAGACCUAUUCCUGCAUAACUCUGAUAUGCUACUCCAAUUAGCUGAUCCCGAGGAUGUUUACUACAAGGGAUUGGACCUUUUCCAGAAGAAAAUUUUACUUGCCAACAUACGAAAUGAUAGGACAGUGGCAUUCUAUACCUCCUAUAUUACCACGUUUACGCCAUUUAGCAAGUGGAGCGGAAUCAAGUUAAAAUACGUUGACGAUACGCCUCAUGUAUCUAUUGGUUCUCAUAAACCUACCGCACCCAGAUUAGUAGAUUUGCAAAACUCGUAUCGGGUUGAAGAGCUGAAAAAGGGCUACACCUUGGAGACUGUCAUCCAAUACUCUGCUAUUUUAAUGGUAAUAAUGGUAAUUCUACCAUUUUGGAUUCCUGUUGUUUUUAUUGCGACGUGUUUUGGAACUUUGCAAAGCUACGUACGGCUUCGGUUUCAGCUGUCUUCCAAUAACUUAGAAACAGUUUGGAGUAAGAUUCGAAGUGUAUUGUAUGGAAACUCGGAUCACAUGCAUUCAAAGCAUCACAAAAGCUUGAAGGACCACCAGAAAAUGCACCAGUCAGAAGGAAGAGAAAAUCAUAUUUCUGAGAUGGUUGGAACGAUACUGGAAGAUACUCUACAAUUAGAUAAAAAGCUUGGCGAAGCUCGUAGUGAUAACUUGGAUUUGAAUGACUUCAACGCCGAAUCUGACGGCGAAUCUGAAGCCCAAUCUGAAUCCGAGUCUGAUUAUGGUCAAAGUUCAGGUUCCCCCCUUUUAGAGAACCCGGUUAAAGUUCAAUCGUCAAAUUCUAUACACAACAAUGAUGUUGUAAGAUUUAAUUUUAGAGAUUUUGCCAAAGCCAUCCAGUACGUCAACGAACACUUCAAUGGAGAUUCAGAAGUUCCACUGUUCACUGAAGAGUUUGAAAUUCCAUUUGACGAAGACAGGAAAACAAUACAUUACCACCUCAACCAACUAGAUUGGAUCAAAAUUCCCGUUUAUAUAGACACAUUCAAUUCGCAUGGUGGAAUUAUUGCUAGAAGGGGUGUCAAGACUAAUCCCCGUGGGACUGCUACAGUAUACUUUUGGGUUUCACUUGUGAAGGAUUACUUAGAUACAACUCAAGCGGAGACAUAA